AUGAAUCUUUUCGCAACAGGCUUCAAUGCCUGGAACCAGCUUUCUAUAUCGCAAAAGAUCCUCACAGACGAACCUCAUGACCUCUUCGCCUUUACAAAAGUUCUUUCAGCAACAGCCAUUGAACGGCCAGUCUCGCGCCUCACUUACACCAUUGUUCGACAAGAUGGGCGCCUCAUCGUCGCCGGCCUCGCCCCCGAGCCUCAGCAUCUCGAGCUCCUCUACACGUCAGCCGAAAACACCUCCGGCCAAAUCCUAACCAUUGUCCAAGACAAAAACACCCACGACAGCAACAAGCUCGUCAAGCACUCGUCAGUAUCAUCCCCCAAACCUGACGCCAUCUUCCCUUGCACCCCUCCAGCGACGCAAAUCGCCGCCUUCAGCACCGGCUUCGUCAUCCUCCACUCCAACGGCACCGUCUCUACCUUUGGCGACUCUCGUUUCGAAACUUGUCUAGGAAGAGACAUCGAUCCGCCAAACCGACCGUCUGAAACCCCGGGCCCGGUACCCGAUCUCCAUGAAAUCGCCUCGGCUGACGAUCCCGUCAAAUGCGUCACGGCUGGCGGAACCGCCGUUGCGGCUCUGACGACGAGCGGCAGUGUCUACGUAUGGGGCUCUUCUAGUACUUCGUCGACGACGUCAAAGGCAUCAGGCAGUUCUCAUCAUCAUCAUCGCCGAGGACAUGCUUUCCAGCAACUCUCUGGCAUGCCCAACUAUACAGAAAUCGACGACGGGAAAGACGUCGUAGAUGUUGCUCUCGGAGAGUCACACGCCAUCGCACUGACAGCGGAUGGCCUCAUUUACGUCAUUGGUGAGAAUAACAAUGGCCAGCUUGGGAUUGGUAAGGCUAUUGAGAGAGCAGAAGAAUGGGUCAAUGUGCCCUUUGAUGCUACCGAGAGUUCCAAGAUAGUAGGAGUGGCUGCUGGUCCGCGGGCAUCCUUUAUUCUAACUGCCAAGACAUAG